AUGACUGAGUUUGACAUGAAAACUGCAUCUUCUCUUCUACCUGUGAUGACAGGAGAGGAGGAAUGUACUAAAAAAUUAAUAGAUGCUCUUGAAUUUUAUAGCCAAAACAUUAAGAAAGAGCAUGAAUCUUUAUUAAUAUCCUUUGUUCUUAAAACUCGCAUAUCCCGACAUGCCAAAUUACGUUUGGCAUCUAACUAUGAUACUUCCGCAGAUCUUAUAAAGGACAUGAAAAAUAAUUUGCUGACGAAGCAGUCUGCCACGGCGCUUCAGUUGGAGCUAUUGCAGUCUCGACAAGGGUCCCAAAGCAUUGAAGAAUUUGGUAAGAAACUUGAGGACUUAUUUGUUGAAUUGACUAUAUCUCAAGCGGACGGUAAAGAAGACGCGUAUAAAAUGUUUAGACCUGUAAAUGAAAAACUAGCUAUUCAGCGGUUUACAGAAGGCUUGAGAAAUGGUCGAUUGAGUACCAUUUUAACGGCUAGAGAUUACUCAGAACUGAAAGAUGUUAUACGUGCGGCUAAAGAUGAGGAACGGGCGCACCAAGGUCACAGCACAUCGGCGGAGACAGUCUUUGCGGCUCAGCAUCGAGGUCGACACCGCAACCGCCUCCGAGGAAUCAGGUACCUGUUAGGACUUAUUACCGAGGACGCGCAAGAAGUUUUGUUAACAAUCCGCGAGGACGUGGACCAAAUACGCAAUGUAGUAGUCGAACUGAAGGAGGAAAUGAAAAAUAUUAAGAAGGUAACGGAUAACUUAUCUGAUGAUUUAUUUAAAGUUAAGGAGGAAGUAAAAGAAUUAAAAUAUAAUAUCGCUAUGUCUCAAAGUAAAAUCGAAAGUGUUGAAAACAAUAUCUUGCAAACAAAAAGUACACAAAACGGGCAAUCGCCCUUCGAUGUUCAACAAAACCUCAUGCUGGAAUUCAAAGACCGUUGUGAGCGCGAGAAAAAUAUAAUUAUUGCAGCAUGGUCCUACCGAGUGCACCAUCUGGAAGCCAAUGAAGUGGUGCCGAUGCUAAGGCGAGUCCUACAAGGCUACGAAAUACCAAACUAUGCGGAAGUCAGGCUGCGGAAAAGCCGACACAGAUUCCAACCCGUAGGCAAGUCAAUGUUCGUGAAGAGGAUCAUCCCUCACGGGUACAAGACGGGAGAAUACGAGUAUGACUCCCGGCUGAACACUGUGUUCAAACCCCUGUUUAGAUACCACGUCGGCACGACCACUACUGAGCACGAGAUGUCAAUGGUGAAGGGGAUGAAACCGGUACAAAAGAUACCUAAUACCAACAGCGACUUGAUAGUUCUCACUAAAAUAAACCAUAAAGGACAUCUGCUACCAGAGAUCACGAAAUAUGUCCAACAGAAAAGUAAAUGGAAAAAGACCAAAAAGAGAUUCAAGUCCUAUCUAAACAAUCUAAAUGUAAAGGACAAAAUAAAACAGUUAAGGUUUCUGGAGAGGUCUGGAGAGAUGAACGACCCUUUCGCUCCGGGCAAUAUUCCAGAGAACUAUUUACCACAUCAGCCAAAGACCACAGAACCUCCUAGUCCAAAACGCAUAAUACCUGAUAAUCCAUUUUGGAAUUAUUGGACGGUAAGUAAAGGCAGAGGUAAAGGCAGGAAAUCGCCAAUUCGCCUUGAACAAGCGUGGUAA